GAAAAAGAUGAUGGAGGAGGAAAUGGAGAAUUUGGGUUAGCUCCUUGUGCUCUUCUCUGUUGGUGCCCUUCUGCUCUCUUUCUCUCUCAUCUUUUCUUCUUCUGUAGAGAGAAAGCGAGUGAGAGCCCCAAUCCCAAUCCCAUCCCCACCACUACCAAGCCUAAAUUCCUCAAUCAUCAGCAUCAUAUUCUUUAUUACCCAACCAAAGGAGAGGCGAAAAUUGAGGGAGAGGGUGAGAGAAAGAGGGAGGCCACUGAAGGCUCGUUGUCUAGCUCUCUGCUGCCAUGUGCAAAGUCGAGCCUUUCCCCCCGCCGCUCUUCACUGUAGAUGUCUUCGUCCAUGCAAUAUCUUGAAAAGAGUACAACCGAACUCAAAUCCAUGGCUCCUCUUUUGUACUUUCCCUGAGAGCAUCAUUCUUUUGUUCUCCCCCGCCCUCUUUCUCCUGUCUGUCUGCGACUCUCUCACGCUACCUCUCUGGUUAUAUUUGUUUUGUUAUCAUGUCUCAGACUAACUGGGAAGCAGAUAAAAUGUUGGAUGUGUAUAUCUAUGACUAUUUGGUUAAAAGGAAUUUGCAGGCAUCAGCCAAGGCCUUUCUGGCCGAGGGCAAAGUCUCCUCUGACCCCGUUGCCAUUGAUGCACCUGGAGGUUUUCUUUUUGAAUGGUGGUCGGUCUUUUGGGACAUCUUCAUUGCCCGAACGAACGAAAAACAUUCCGAUGUCGCUGCUUCCUACAUAGAGACACAGCUGAUAAAGGCGCGUGAGCAGCAGCAGCAGCAACAGCAGGCACAACCGCAACAACAGCCUCAGCUCCAGCAGCAACAGCAGCAGCAGCAACAACAACAACAACAGCAGCAACAACAACAGCAACAGCAGCUGCAAAUGCAGCUUCUAAUGCAGAGGCAGCAGCAACAACAGCAGCAGCAGCAGCAACAACAGCAGCAGCAGCAGCAGCAGCAACAACAACAACAACAACAACAACAACAACAACAGAGAAGAGAAGGUACCCAUAUUCUAAAUGGUACUCCAAAUGGUCUUGUUUCUGCUGAACCUCUCCUGAAGCAAGCGCAAGGUGCAAAUGCUUUAGCGACAAAAAUGUAUGAAGAACGGUUAAAGUUGCCGAUGCAAAGAGAUCCCCUUGAUGAUGUAUCCGUGAAGCAAAGGUUCGGCGAUAAUGUGAAUCAGUUAUCCGAUCCUAAUCAUGCUACGAUGUUGAAGCCGACUGGAACACCUCCACAACCCACAGGGCAAGUACUACAUGGGACAGCUGGUGGGAUGUCAGCUGCUCUUCAGCAAGUCCAACUACGGAAUCAGCAACUCCCAGUUCCCACACCGGACAUAAAGGGUGAAAUGAAUGCCAUACUGAGCUCAAGAGCUGCAGGCCCUGAUGGCUCAUUGAUUGGAGUUUCCGGUGCUAACCAGGGCAGUAACAAUUUGACAUUAAAAGGGUGGCCUCUCACGGGCUAUGACCACAGCCGACCGGGUCUUCUACAAUCACAAAAGCCAUUUAUACAGUCAUCACAACAAUAUCAACAACUUCAGAUGAUGAAUCCUCAACACCAGCACUUUCUAAUGCAACAACAGAAUAUUGCUUCACCUUCAGCAUCUGAUCUUGAGAACAGAAGGCUGCGGAUGCUUAUGAGUAAUAGGACUGCUGCCAUAGCAAAGGAUGGUCAGUCAAAUUCUGUUGGUGAUAUGGUUCAGGGUGUUGGAUCUCCAAUGCAAGCAGCAUCUCCUUUUCAACGAGGAGAUCCAGAUGCCUUGCUUAAGAUGAAGCUUGCACAAUUACAGCAGCAGCAGCAGCAGCAACAACAGCAGCAGCAACAACAACAAAAUAACACUCAACAACAGCUUCAACAGCACUUGCUUACAAGUCAGCAGUCUCAGAAUAGCAAUCAUCAACUUCAUCAACAAGAUAAAGCUGUCAGUGGUGGUGUUGCCAUGGAUAGCAGCAUGUCGAAUUCCUUUCGAGGAACUGAUCAGGCGGCUUCCAAGAAUCAGAGUACAAGGAAAAGGAAGCAGCCUGGUUCCUCAUCAGGUCCUGCUAAUAGCUCAGGAACAGCCAACACUACCGGACCAAGCUCUGCACCUUCUACCCCAUCAACUCAUACACCAGGUGAUGUAAUAUUGCAGCAUAGUGCAAGCUCAUCUAAGCCUCUAAUAAUGUUUGGUUCAGAUGGAGCUGGAACGCUUACAUCUCCAUCAAAUCAACUUUGGGAUGACAAAGAUAUUGUGCAGGCUGAUAUUGAAAGAUUUGUGGAUGAUGGCUCAUUGGAUGACAAUGUGGAGUCAUUCUUGUCUCAUGAUGAUAUAGAUCAAAGGGACACAGUUGGGCCUUGCAUGGAAGGCACCAAAGGCUGUACAUUUAGUGAGAUUAACCAUGUUCGUGCAAGUUCAAGCAAAGUCACCUGUUGUCAUUUUUCUUCGGAUGGAAAACUUCUAGCAAGUGCUGGCCAUGAGAAGAAGGCUGUCCUGUGGUAUGCGGAUACUUUGAAGCAGAAGAGUUCGUUAGAGGAGCAUUCCUUGUUAAUUACUGAUGUUCGCUUUAGUCCAAGCAUUCCACGUUUGGCAACCUCAUCUUUUGAUAAGACUGUCAGGGUCUGGGAUGCAGAUAAGCCUUCCUACUCGCUCCGAACUUUUACAGGCCAUACCAUGUCUGUCUCAUCCGUGGAUUUUCAUCCGAAUAGAGAGGAUCUCAUCUGCUCCUGUGAUGGAGAUAGGGAAAUUCGUUACUGGAGCAUAAACAAUGGCAGCUGCACAAGAAUAUUCAAGGGUGGCUCAAGCCAACUUAGGUUUCAACCUCGCAUUGGAAAGUAUCUUGCUGCAGCUUCUGAGACUGUAAUAUCAGUUCUUGAUGUUGAGACACAAGCUUGCCGCCAGACUCUGCAGGGGCAUACGAAAACAAUUCAUUCUGUUUGCUGGGACACUAUGGGUGACUUACUGGCAUCUGUGAGUGAAGACUCUGUGCGGGUGUGGAGUCUUGGUUCUGGAAGUGAAGGGGAAUGCAUUCAUGAGCUAAACUGUACUGGCAAUAAGUUUCAUUCCUGUGUCUUCCACCCAAGUUAUCCGUCAUUGCUAGUGAUCGGAUGUUAUCAGUCCCUGGAGCUUUGGAACAUGGUAGAGAACAAGCGCAUGACACUUAAUGCUCAUGAGGGCUUGAUUGCAGCCCUGGCAGCAUCGAGUGUCACAGGGGUGGUUGCUUCUGGAAGUCAUGAUAAGUCUGUGAAACUCUGGAAAUAACAACUUUCUCAUGUAUCUCGUUCUUAUAAUCUAUAAAAGUAUAUCUAUUUACAGUCUCUAA